AUGAAGGGGGAGACUUCACACCCCAGGAGCCAAAGUCUGGAGAGGAGGAGAAGGGCAAGACGGGGGUGCCGGCAGUGCUGGCUGCCUGGGGCUGUGUUGGAGCAUGACUGCAGAGAUCCCAGAGAGCCUCAUGGGUCACUGCUCUUCCACCGCUUGCCCUCGGCUGGGGCCUCCAGGUGGUCACUGCUCCUGUGUAACACGCACACGAGGUUGCCGUGGGUACUCCUCCCUGAUGUGACGUUGGCUUUGGAAGCAGCUGAAUUCAGGGGCUCACUGCUUUUGCUGUAUCUUUCGAGUAGGACUGUGCCCUUGGAGGAGGGGGGCUUUCUAAGAACGCUGGGAGGACCCUUUGGACUACAUCAAUGGAAAUCAUCCAGCAUCUGCCAGCCUCAACUGCCCAUUCUGGAGACAGCAAAAAGGGACAUUAAGAAGGGGGCAGACGUCCGGAUGUGUGCAGACAGGGGCUGGGGACGCCUGGGCCCAUUCAUGCUUCGGGCUUUCCUGAGUGUUUGGGGUAGGGGACGUGGCUUUGGACAAAUGCUUUCCUUCCGUUCUUCCCCACCCAUCUCACUUCACACCCCUACCCACGUCUCAUGGGUGGCCACACAAGGGCCUCCUACGGCCACCUGUCAGCUUAACAGGGAGAAGCCUGCACCCUCAGGGCACUCAGAUGAGCCCAUUGCAUUUGCAAUCCGGGCCCAGAACUUUCAUGAGAGGCCAGCCAGAGGCCCCAGGCACGGGUCCCUCCUGGUCCCUUUCAGAGUGGGGUUCCUUUCCAGCCAGCACAGCCUGCUUCCAGGCAAGCAGGAAAGGGGCUCUGAGGCUGCAGGCAAGGCACUGUUCUGUCGCCAAGCACACAGCCUGGGGACUCCUCAGCCCUCUGCUCCUCUGGACGUGAGGUGGGAUGGCGCUUCCUGCCACCGCAGCUAAAGCCACACACGUCGUGCGUCACCACACGAGCAGCACAGGCUCCUCCGUGUCCACACAGACACACGCACACGCCCUCGUGUGAGCAAUCACCCCCUGCAAGGUCACCACCCAGCCGCCCAUACAGACCCCCGCUGACGGAGACAAGCCCCCCACAUAUACACAGAGCAAUAUGCACAGCAGAGUGGCCUCUGGCCCAGGAAGGGCCUGGACGGCACUCACCGGGAGGAGGUGAAGAGGGACCCAUUGACUCCUCCAAAUGUGGACAGGGCGACGGAAAUGGGCAUGAUCCAGGCCAUGACCCCUAGGAGCUUCUCUCCAAAAGUCUGGGAGAGAAAACAAGGAGUGAGCAUAAAAGGAGAGGUCACAGCCUCCCACCUGCGUGUCACUGCUGGGAAUGUUCCCUCCCAAACCCACCCCUGCUGAGUCUCUCUGGCUAAAGUCCUUGAGAGGAGGGACCACAGCUUCCCUGCCCCAGCCCCUCCUGCGCCCCUACUUCCCUUGGUGAUGACUACACACUGGGGAUUCAGUAAUUCAGUAAUGUUUGGAACUGAUUAACUAAUGAAUGAGACUGUG